UGCCAAAUCUGAGGUAGAGGGCGAGGAGGAGAAUCGGGCGCGUGGUGUUGUCCUGUCAGUUGGCACUCUGAAGGUACAUUGUACACAUCUGAACUGAGCAGCAAUGGCAUCGUCUGGAGAUAUUCAGGUGAAAGAGCUGGACAAGCGUGCUUCCGGCCAGGCCUUUGAGGUCAUCCUCAGCCCAUCGGCACCGGACGCCAAGGGCGAGUUUCCCCUCUCCACCCCCAAGAAGAAGGACGUGACUCUGGAUGAGAUCCAGAAGAAACUGGAAGCCGCAGAGGAGAGGCGCAAGAGCCACGAGGCAGAACUGCUGAAGCAACUGGAGGAGAAACGCAGGCACGAGAAGGAGGUGCUGCAGAAGGCCAUGGAGGAGAACAACAACUUCAGCAAGAUGGCCGAGGAGAAGCUCAACCAGAAGAUGGAGGCCAACAAGGAGAACAAGGCCGCACGGAUGGCUGAGAUGAGCGAGAAGUUCAAGGAGAAGGACAAGAAGUUGGAGGAAGUGCGGCAGAAGAAGGAGACAAAAGAGGACGAGAACUGAGUUUGCUUUUGUUGCCGUUCUCUGUUUUCUCAAACUUUUUAGGUGGGGGUAUAAUGGGUUUUUGUAUGUAUCCAAAGAUUUAUUUAAACUUUUUCUGUUAUGAAUUGUAAACAUUAGUUGUUUUGUUUCUUUGUGUGUAUAUUUUGUUAAUAUGUUUCAUUCACUGCUCACAGUUGCUUAGCUUAACCCCACAUCUUUUUUUUUCCUUUUCCUUUUAAAUGCACUCAUAUUUUCAAUGAGGUGUUUUUUUGUAUUUCUCACUGUCAUUAGCACGCCUUUUUGUGCCCCACUCCUUGUAGCCCAGUUGCAAGUUUUGAUCUGUCCAGCAAGCAAAUGGUUUUAGCUGUUCAAAAGCAUGCUUCAGCUCGACUGUAGGCCUUCGCAGUUGUCCAUGAGUUUUGCAGUAUAACCUGUACUGGUGUAAUAUCAAAAUUGCAGUUGUUCGAGCCUAAUAAAAGUUGCACAGUUCGUAUAUGCUCUUAAAAA